UGACAGCGAAUGAAUGAAAUGACGCGGGAAGCACAUUCCUCCAUUUGUACUCUUUCUACCUCACCUUUUCUUCUCUUCAUUUUCAUUCCAUUUCUUCUCUAACCAAAUCCCAAUUCCACUAUUAUGUUUCUUCAUCAACCAUAGCUCAAUCAAACAAUAUGGCUUCCAGCUCUGCUUUCAGAUCCUCGAGAACGCACCACAGACAAGUCCUUACUGCUCACUCUCAUGGAUAUUCUUCUUCUUCGUCUUCUUCUUCUUCUUCUUCUUCAUGUGCUGCUUCAAAUUUGAAUACGGCUAAUGUUCAUGGGCAAAUUCCGCCGCAGCCUGCUCGAUCCAGAACUCCUUCUGCUUCUCCCAGGCGGAUGCUCGCUUCAAGUAAUCAUACUGCUCCGUUGGAUGAUGAUGAACAAGAUUCUCAAAGGGUUAGAGUUGCUGUGCGACUUCGGCCAAAAAAUACAGAUGAAAUUCUUUCAGAUGCUGAUUUUUCUGACUAUAUUGAAUUACAGCCAGAGCUGAAGCGGUUAAAGUUGAGAAAAAACAACUGGAGUUUUGAAUCUUAUAGGUUUGAUGAAGUUUUCACAGAAACUGCCUCUCAGAAGCGAGUUUAUGAUGUUGUUGCCAAACCUGUAGUUGAGAGUGUAUUGAGUGGAUAUAAUGGGACAAUUAUGGCUUAUGGUCAAACAGGUACUGGUAAAACAUACACAGUUGGAACAUUGGGUAAAGAUGAUGCUUCAGAGCGUGGAAUUAUGGUUAGGGCUGUGGAAGACAUAAUUGCCUGCACAUCUGCAUCUGAUAGUGUUGAAGUUUCCUAUUUGCAGUUGUAUAUGGAGUCCAUACAUGAUUUGCUUGCUCCAGAGAAAAGUAACAUUUCUAUACAUGGAGACCCAAAGAGUGGUGAAGUGUCAUUACCUGGUGUUGAAGUGGUUAAAGUUCAAGAUCUUGAUAGUUUUGUGCAAUUACUUGAACUAGGUGAGGCAAAUCGUCAUGUAGCUAACACAAAGCUGAAUACAGAAUCUUCAAGGAGUCAUGUGAUUCUUAUGGUUCAAAUUCGCAGAUCCAUCCUUGGAAAAAAAGUAGAAGACACUACUUGUCAAGAUAAAACUAUCACAAAUGAUGCUUUCGUUGACAACAAUAAACCUAUGAUUCAGAAAAGCAAGUUGCUAAUUGUGGAUCUUGCAGGAUCUGAAAGGAUAGAUAAAUCCGGAAGUGAAGGGCACUUGCUUGAAGAGGCUAAAUUCAUUAAUCUCUCUCUCACUUCACUUGGAAAAUGCAUAAAUGCAUUGGCUGAAAAAAGCCCACAUAUACCAACAAGAGAGUCCAAGCUUACAAGGCUACUUCGUGAUUCAUUUGGAGGGUCUUCAAGGACUUCUCUUAUUAUAACAAUUGGGCCUUCUGCGAAGUACCAUGCUGAGACUUCUAGCACAGUAAUGUUUGGACAGCGAGCAAUGAAGAUUGUGAACAAGGUAAAGCUCAGAGAAGAAGUUGAUUAUGAAGCUUUAUGCCGUAAGCUUGAAAAUCAAGUGGACCUUCUUACUGCAGAAGUUGAAAGGCAGCAGAAGAUGAGAGAAAAUGAAAAAGAUAUGUUGGAGAAACAGCUAAAAGAAGGUCAAGAUGCUAUAAUUGAAACGAAGAGAAGUCUGCUUACAAGGUCUGAGUUUCUAGAAAAGGAGAACAUGCAUUUGAAAGGGGAGUUAAAGGACAUUUUAACCAAACUUAAAAGUCAGAAAGAUCAAAAUGGUUCAUUGCAUGAAGUGGCUGCAAAUUUGGAAAGGAAAAGUGAGCAACAACUCCUUGAAAAUUCUGCAAUUCAAAGAGUACUGGUAGAGACCACUCAGAUGUAUGAGAGGAAAAUUGCAGAGUUGCUUAAGCAGAUUGAAGACAAGCAUUGUUGUGCUGAACACUCUGCAAAAGAGCUAGAUGCAGCACAAAGGCUUCUAAAUGAUCAUCAAAAGUCAAUUAAGCAAAAAGAAGUAGAGAAUGCUGCAUAUCAAACGGCCCUGGCUGAAACCACUAAAAUGCAUGAGAAGCAAGUAAUGGAGCUAGUUAAACAGAUAGAAGAUGAGCGUUGCCGAUUUGAAUGUGCCCAGGAACAAUUAGACUUGGCAAAGGGACUCCUAAGCGAUCAACAAGACUUAGCACAGAACCAGAAGCAGGAAGAGAUCAAUGACCUCCGGGUGAGAUUUCAAGGGAUGUCCCAUUUACAUGAAACUACUGCAACUGAACUCCAUUUAUUAAAAUCAAAAUAUCAAGAUCUAUUAGAGAGGGAGGUUACACUGAAUGAAGAACUUCAUGUUAUGCGGAAAAGACUCCUGACAGAAGAGAAGCAGAGAAAAGAUUUUGAAAAUGAGCUAUUAAAACUUAAGAAGAACGUGUCUGAAACUGAGACUGAUAUCAAGAGAUCUGUUUUGAAGGAAAAUACAUUUCAUGAAUCUUUGGAGUAUGGAUCCCCUAUGAUGCCAAACAAGAUUAAACCAUCGAAGGAGGCGAUCUCUAGUCAGAAGGCUGCCAUUGCAAAGAUAUGCAAAGAAGUGGGGUUUCAAAGAAUAUUAGAGUUAUUGAAGUCUGAGGACUCAGAUACUCAAAUCCAAGCUCUAAAGGUGAUAGCCAAUCUUGCAGCUGAAGAUGUUAAUCAGGAAAAAAUUGUUGAAGAAGGAGGAUUGGAUGCAUUGCUUACAUUAAUGCAAUUAUCGCAAAAUUCAACAAUUCUUAGAGUGGCUUCUGGGGCUAUUGCCAAUUUGGCUAUGAAUGAGCUUGGCCAAGGUUUAAUAGUGAGCAAAGGAGGUGCUAGGCUGCUAGCAAAGACAGCUUCAAGAGCAGUUGAUCCGCAGACCCUAAGGAUGGUUGCUGGGGCACUUGCUAAUUUAUGUGGAAAUGAGAGGUUACAUAUGCUUCUGAAUCAAGAUGGAGGUAUCAAAGCACUCCUGGAAAUGAUCAGAUGUGGGAAUGCUGAUGUCAUUGCACAGGUUGCUAGGGGAUUGGCUAACUUUGCAAAAUGUGAAUUUAGAGGAAGAGUUCAAGGGCAAGCAAAAGGCUGCUCUCUAUUGAUGGAACAUGAUGCCCUUUCAUGGUUGAUUGCCAACUCUAAUACCUCUUCAGCUUCAACCCGGCGACACAUUGAGCUUGCACUGUGUCAUUUGGCACAAAAUGAGGACAAUGCCAAUGAGUUCAUUUGCAAAGGGGGAGUGAAAGAGCUGGUUCGAAUAUCAGUACAAUCCACCAGAGAAGAUAUUCGAAAUUUUGCACAUCGAAUACUGAGCUCCAAUCCUAUGUUUCAGGCUGAGAUUAAUGGACAACAGAUUUAUUAUACAUAAUACUGAGUCUCUCUCUCUCUCUCUCUCUGAAAAAAGCUUAGGUGAAAUGGGUUCCGAUUGAUGCAAGGGCGUACCAUCUUGAGUUCAAAGAGCAUUUAUAGUUUAUAAAAAUAUUUACAGAUUAUCUAUCAACAAGAUCCCGAUCAAAUCCAAACCAAUUGGAUUGAAUUUUUAAGUCUGCAAUAUGAUGUAGUUACUGAUUUA